AUGUCUAUCCAAACCAGUAACCUUUUGAAAGUGAGCGAACUACCGCUAUCGCAGAUCCGCAGGCCUAUCCAGCCUGUGCUGGAUUACCAGAAGAUCGAUGCCAUGGUGUCCACUUACAAAGGCACCCCACAGGCCUCCAAGACCUGUUCUCUGGCCGAUGCAGAGACCUUCAAAGACGGGAACCUCCCUCCUAUCGACGUGAUGAGUGUCCGUGAACAGGGGCAAACAUACUAUUUUGCCUUUGGAGGCUGCCACAGAUUCCAAGCGUAUGACAGGCUGGCAAAGGAGUCCCCCUCUCACGACAUCAUGGUUCGUUGUAAAGUUAUGCCCGCUACAAGAAAGCAGUUGAGACUAUACGUCGGCACCAACAUCGACGACAUGUUCGACCAAGCCCAACAUCAAUGA